AUGGAGGAGCUGAGGAGGAGAAGAGGAACAAUGAAAUCUUCACAAAAAAAACAUGAAAAGGGGAAUGAAGUGAGACAUCAGAAAUCUGCAAAGGAAAACAAUGGGUCCCCAACAACAACAACCAGAGAUGAAUCACUCAGUUAGCGGCACAGAUCUGCACACUGGACACAACCUGAACGCCUGCCGAGAAGAUUCCCCUACGCCGAGUUCAGUCCAAGUUCCUGAUGUCGUCCACAAACUUUAAAGGAUCAGCUCCUCCCUUGGCCUGAAGUGUAAAUAGUUUUGAUAAAAUUGUUGUUUUUUUUGGGACGCUACGACCAUCAGACAGGACAUCAACGUUAGCUGAGGGUGUUUUUCUGAAACAGGAAACACAGAUGUAAAGUUAACAAAAAAGAAAACAAACUCAUUAAAAAUCUACUUUUAAAGUUUCCCUACUAUUAUUUUUAUCAUUAAAUUGAAACCUGCCUACAUUUUCCCGUGUGAAUAUAGAGUAAACCAGGAGUGUCCACCCUGUAGCCCGUUUUGUGUGUCAUUUUUAUAAUAUUUUGUUUUGUUUUUGUUGUUUUUCAUCUUUUUAAAAUCUGACUUUUGUCGUUUGUCUCGUUUUGUCAUUGAGUUCAUUUUUUGUCUCUUUUUCGUUUUGUUUUGUGUCAUUUGUCUCAUUCUUUGUAAUAUUUUGUCUUGUUUUUGAUGUUUUGUGUCGUCCUUUGCCUGACUUUUGUCCUUUUGUUUCCUUUUUGUCUCUCUUGUGUUUUUGUCUUAUUUAGGUCAUUUUGUGUUUUCCUUACUCGUUGUUUUGUGUCUCAUUUUUGUCAUUUGUCUAUUAUUUUAUUACUUUGUAACUUUUUUCUCUUUUUUUGUUUUGUUCUGUGUCAUUUGUCUCAUUUUUUGUCAUUAUGGGUCUCGUUUUUGUUAUUUUUUGUCUUUUUAGUAAUAUUUUGUCUUGUUUUUUGUCUUUCUUUGUCUUCUUCUGUGGUUGUGAUCCUUCAGUAAAUCCUCCAUGCUUCAGUUCCAGGUGACUAAAUGUUGUGUUCCUUUGUAGACACUCUGUGAUCUGGAAGUAGUAAUGUGGAAAUGAUAAACUGAGGAUGAAUGUGGAUGAAACUAAGUUUAUUUUUCUCCAUAAAUUUCAGGUUGUUCAUGAUGUUUAGUAAAAAGAUAAUUCCUUAAAUGUGAACAUUUGUGCAGUAAAACAAAGGAACCAUGAGGAGUUGUGGUUAUUUAGAGGUUAUUCUGCUGUGGUUUUACUGGUUUUACUGGUCUGGUCCACUGGAGAUCAGACUGGACUGAACUAAGAUGAUUUCGACUCUCCUGCUGUCAGUGACAGUCCAUCUCCACCAAACGCCUCACUGAGCUUUCAGACUCCACACCAACCAGGCAGAUGUUUGAAAGGCCACGAUGAAAACACGGUUAUGGAUCCAGCAGCAGCAGCCAGAUGUUUGAUACCGGCAGAUUUAAACAGAACUGGAACCAGACGGGCUGCUGGAGUCCAUCUGAGGGGAACAAAGGUCUGACUGAGAGCAGAUCAGCUGAUCUAGACUUAUCCCAGUAUGGAGGUCAGCAUCUGGAGGCCUGCUGGAGCUUUAAUCUGGGCAGACUGGGCCUGACGCUCCUACUCAGGUUCCUGUGAUUUUAGAAAAUUACGCUAUUUCCAGCGUCUUUUAUGCGCGGCGAAACUUUGAACUUUGGACUCAGCGGAGAGUCCUCUCUGCUGAAAGCAUCUGGCGAGAAACACAGACCUUUGGAGUUAUGCUUGGUGUAGGAAGGAAAAUGUGGACCAGAUUUUCACAAACCUGGCGUUCUCUGGAGUAAAAACGAACUAGAUUUCCCCAAAGGUGACUGAGAAACUUGGAGCUGAGUGACAGAGACGCUCUGACAGGGAGUGGCAGUACAGACACGCCCACAGACACUUUUUUUUUUAGUCAGGGGAUAGUUAUCACUCUUUGGGAGAGCAGCACGUCCUUCACUGGCUUUGGCCACAGAUCACUCUCUGCUAGACACCAAAGAUGCACAGAAAAUGAAGAUUUUGUUUCAGAUGUAAUAUAUUACUGCUACUACUAAUAAUAAUAAUAAUAAUAAAAAUAAUUAUUAAUUAUAAUAAAAAUAAAAUAAUAAUAAUAAUAAAACAACAAUAAUAAUAACAUUCAUAAUAAACAUAUUCUAGCAAUGGAGAACACCAGGACUCUGGAUUCUCCCUGUGGUCCUAAAGCCUGUUUAAUUGCUUUUGUCAUUGUAGAGAUUAUGGUGGACAGAAAAAGCUUUUUGGAAUGGUACAAAUUCAUUUAUGUAAAAUUUUAUUGUGACUCCUCAUGAUUUUGUAAAUAGUUGUGCAAAAACACCUAAAAAAAUUCUUGCAUUUUAGUGCAAAUAGUGGUAUAUAACAGUGUUAACUGCUAAAUUUGUACAUUAUUUUAUUACAAACAAUUUAUAUUUACAUUAUAAGUUCUGAAAAAGAUUCAUUACACAUGUUUAUGGUGUCCACAGCAAAAAAUCUAACUUUUUUCUACUCGGAUUUUGUAUUUUUUCUGCUAUUUUAGGUCAAGUGUGUCCAUACAUUAUAUCAAAAUGUCUAAAUAAUUAUAGAAUCACACAGGUGAGGUUGUGCAGAAAAAAAAAGAUACCAAGCAAAGCAAGAUCAACAGCUUUUAAGGUGAAAUAUAGAGGUAAAAUCAGAAUUAGUCAAAAACGGACCGAACCUCCCCCCCAGGCCCUAAGGGUUAAGAGCCCAGCUCUUCUGUGAUCUGCAGAUUCUGUUCCAUUCUGUGCUGAAUUAAACAUUUUACUGAUUCAGUUUCAUUCAAUUUAACUUUGAAUAACAAUUUAGUAAUUUAAUCACACCUAUAUGGCAGAUUUGAAUGAUCCCAUCCCCUUUAUUGAUUUACUUUAAUCCUUAUUAAUUAAUAUAAGAUUUCUAUGUUCUUCCCCAUUUUAUUGUUAAUUUAAGACGUUGCUAAUCUAGAUUCCUCUUAAGUAUUUUUCUCACGAACUUAAUAUUUUAACCUUAAUUCCCAAUAUUGUUUUAUGGUUUAAUACUUUAACUUUUAUUCUUGUUUGAACAUCUGGGCUUUGUUUGAACCUUUCUGCCCUUUCUUUGUCCUGCUGCGCGUACGUGACAACUCAGCGCAUCUCUGAAACCACAGACCCCCCUUCUUCUUCCGGGUGUUGCAUUUGGUUUAACGGAUGUUCUAUAUUUUUCUUUAAAAACUGUCACCUGUCCUCGUCAAACUGCCAUCCUGGAUGUUAUUCUUAUUCAGCUCGUCAGUUUGAAGCGAGGGGGAGAAUUUUCCCCUCAGCUUUUUAAAGGUCAGUUGUAACCACAGGCUUUUAGCUCAGUGGAGCGUGAAGUAUUUACCUUAAACACAUUUUCCUUUAGGUUAGACGUUGAAACUUGCACAACCUGCUUAGAUCAGCACUUCUUCUUCAGGUUACGAGCUAAAGCUCAAACUUGCAUUCAUAAGCACUUUAAUAUAUUUGAUUAUAGGGUUAAUACAAGUUGCAAGCACAUUAAUAUAUGAUUGAUUACAUGAUAUGAUUAAAUGAAGAUUAAUGAUGAUUAUAAGUAAUAAGUAAAAGAGUAUUUAAAGCAUUUGAUAGUUUAAUAGAUAUGAAAAAAUGAAUAUUCCUCACAUUAGGUCACUUGGUUUGUUUAGAAGAAAAAAAGUCCAAUUUUAUACCUAAACAGCCUUUUUAAUCAACUAAUCAGUCCAAACUGCAAAACCUUUAUAAAUCAACUAAAAUACUGAAGCUCCUCACAUCUGAGAAGCUGAAUAUGUGAAAAAUGCGGCAAUUUUAAAUGAACAAUGAUGAUUAAAACAACUUAAUUCAUAACAAAACAUGAUAUUCUGUCAGCUCUUCAAGUGUUUUGAGGAGAAAAUUAAGUAAAACUAUUAAAAUAAAUAAAAAUAAUGAAGAUCUUCAAAUCUGAGAAGCUUCAUUUGUAAAACAUUUAAGAUUUAAAUGAUCAAAAUAGUAAAAUAUGUGACUAAACUUUGGAUUUUUUAAGUUUUUCGUGUGUUUUCUUUGAAAAACUCUUGAUUUUUUUUUAAAGCUGUCAGGUGGAGAAGGAGGAUAAAGUACCAUUAAAAGAGAAGUACAGAUCAGUAGAAGUACUUGUAGGUCAGCAGAAGUAUUUGAAGGUCAGCAGAAGUACUUGUAGGUCAGCAGAAGUACUUGAAGGUCAGCAGAAGUACUUGAAGGUCAGCAGAAGUAUUUGAAGGUCAGCAGAAGUACUUGAAGGUCAGCAGAAGUAUUUGAAGGUCAGCAGAAGUACUUGAAGGUCAGCAGAAGUAUUUGAAGGUCAGCAGAGGUACUUGUAGGUCAGCAGAAGUACUUGUAGGUCAGCAGAAGUACUUGAAGGUCAGCAGAAGUACUUGAAGGUCAGCAGAAGUAUUUGAAGGUCAGCAGAAGUACUUGAAGGUCAGCAGAAGUAUUUGAAGGUCAGCAGAAGUACUUGAAGGUCAGCAGAAGUACUUGAAGGUCAGCAGAAGUACUUGUAGGUCAGCAGAAGUACUUGUAGGUCAGCAGAAGUACUUGAAGGUCAGCAGAAGUACUUGAAGGUCAGCAGAAGUAUUUGAAGGUCAGCAGAAGUACUUGUAGGUCAGCAGAGGUACUUGUAGGUCAGCAGAGGUACUUGUAGGUCAGCAGAAGUACUUGUAGGUCAGCAGAAGUACUUGUAGGUCAGCAGAAGUACUUGUACUGUACACAGGGGUGUCCUGGGGCCAAAAAUGACCCCUGGCAUUUUUGGCCCACAACAUCAUCGAUUGACUGAAUCAAGCACUAAUUUUUGAAUGCGAGGACAAAAACUGACAGAAAGGUUGGAUUUCAGAACAAAAAUUCAAGAACAUCUUUAGAGACCUGUACAAACUUGUUGGCAAGUUGGAAAAAAAUGAAAUCCAGUAGAGCAAGGGUAUUCUGGAGACCGGAAGUGGUCAUCAGCAAGGGUGGAGCCAAACGACAACAGCCAGAGAGCAGUGAUUGGUCAGACCAUAGAUAUAUAGUCUAAUAUUUUGCUGGUGUGAAAUAAUCACGCUUCCAGUGACUUGACCUUCACAUUCAUUUACUGAAGCACAGUUACAGAACGGGCUGCUGUUCUGGCUGGAACCGGCUGGAACGUUACCAGCCUCAGGCCCAACACAAACUUGUCUAAAAGUCCCUUGUGACCGACAGCUGCCAGUCUGUCUUAAAGGCGCAAAACAUGAUUAACUCAGAACAUUACACUGCUCCCCCCAAGUGUUGGGGGGAGCAGGUUGUUGGGUUAGGGGGUGAGAAAAUUAAUGUCAAAGUAUGCUGAAAUUUCAAUCGUCCGACUGGCCAACGGCAGAUGGGCCUCCCGUAUGAGAGAGGUUCUGCUUAAGGUUUGUCCCUGUUAAAAAGGAGUUUUUCAUUGCCACUUUCGUCUGAGGGCUUGCUCUGGGGGUUUCAGGCCAUAAGGGUUUGUAAAGCGUCUUGAAACAUUUUAAUUGUAAUUGGUGCUAUAUAAAUAAAACUAAAUUGAAGUGAAUUGAAUUGAGUAUCAGCCAUUAUGCAUCAACACAACUGAAAUUUCAGCAUACUUUGACGUUAAUUUUCUCUAAAAUUUUACAGUAAAAUCAGGUGAUAUUGUGCAGGUGGUAGCUGGGAUGACCCCUGACAAGGCCACGGUGAGAGAUCUUUGUCACUGCCUCAGGAUUUGGAGAUAACGAAAGUCAAAAUCUGAAUAACAGCAUGUAUUUGCAGCGGACGUCUCUCAGCCUGGCUGCUCAGCGCCUGUGAUAAUAUUACCGUAUUACGCAGAAUAGCCACGCAACGCCCAGAGUGCGGGCGGCUCACUUGACCGCAGUUUAACGGAGUGCUUCCUCCGACAGAAGCAGAUCACCGUAGAGUGAGGAGGAUGGCGCCCAGUUUCACUACUAAAGGUUCCUACUACUAGCUUAACCCUAUAAUUCUUGAAUCAUUAAGUAAUUGACAGAAAAUUCAAUUUUUUUCGGGUUAAAGGUUAAAAUACCAUAAAAUGCGUCGAAAAACGAGUAGCGGAAGUGACGUGUUUGCGCACAUGCGCAGUACAAAUCAGGUUUCCGGGACGGAUCGGGUAGUGACAAGGAGAAGCCAGUUUCAAAGGGAGAAAAGUCGUUACAGUGGUGGAAGUCAAAUGAGGUGAAGUACCCCUUUUUGUCAAGGUGAUCGGCAGGAGGAGAGUCUGAUGGAGGAGCUGAGGAGGAAAAGAGGAACAAUGAAAUCUUCACAAAAAAAACGUGAAAAGGGUAAUGAAGUGAGACAUCAGAAAUAUGCAGAGGAAAACAAUGGGUCCCCAACAACAACAACCAGAGAUGAAUCACUCAGUUGUGAGCAAUGCAGCAAGACUUUUAUCACAGCUAGAAAGCUAAGAAUUCACAAACGCAUUCACAGUGGAGUUAGAGCAUUCAGCUGUGACCAGUGUGAGAAGACUUUUACUCACAAGAGUCAUUUAUCAACACACCAACUCAUUCACAGUGGACUAAAACCAUUCAGCUGUGACCAGUGUGGGAAGACUUUUACUCAAAAGAGUCAUUUAUCAACACACCAACUCAUUCACAGUGGAGUAAAACCAUUCAGCUGUGACCAGUGUGGGAAGACUUUUACUCACAAGAGUAAUUUAACAACACACCAACUCAUUCACAGUGGAGUUAAAACAUUUAGCUGUGACCAGUGUGGGAAGACUUUUACUCAAAAGACUAAUUUAACAACACACCAACUCAUUCACAGUGGAGUUAAAACAUUCAGCUGUGACCAGUGUGGGAAGACUUUUACUCACAAGAGGAGUUUAACAACACACCAACUCAUUCACAGUGGAGUUAAAACGUUCAGCUGUGACGACUGUGAGAAGACUUUUACUCACAGGAGUCAUUUAACAACACAUCAACACAUUCACAGUGGAGUUAAACCAUUCAGCUGUGACCAGUGUGGGAAGACUUUUACUCAAAAGAGUAGUUUAACAACACAUCAACUCAUUCACAGUGGAGUUAAACCAUUCAGCUGUGACCAGUGUGAGAAGACUUUUACUACCAAGAGUAGUUUAACAACACAUCAACUCAUUCACAGUGGAGUUAAACCAUUCAGCUGUGACCAGUGUGAGAAGACAUUUACUCACAAGACUAAUUUAACAACACACCAAUUCAGUCACAGUGGAGUUAAACCAUUCAUCUGUGACCAGUGUGGGAAGACUUUUACUCACAAGACUCAUUUAACAGCACACCAACUCAUUCACAGUGGAGUGAAACCAUUCGGCUGUGAUCAGUGUGGGAAGACUUUUACUCAAAAGAGUCAUUUAACAAGACACCAACUCAUUCACAGAGGAGUUAAACCAUUCAGCUGUGACCAGUGUGGGAAGACUUUUAUUACCAAGAGUAAUUUAACAAAACAUCAACUCAUUCACAGUGGAGUUAAACCAUUCAGGUGUUACCAGUGUGGGAAGACUUUUACUCAAAAGAGUAUUUUAACAACACACCAAUUCAUUCACAGUGGAGUUAAACCAUUUCGCUGUGACCAGUGUGGGAAGACUUUUACUGCCAAGAGUAAUUUAACAUUACAUCAACUCAUUCACAGUGGCGGUGAACCAUUCCACUGUGAUCAGUGUGUGAAAACCGUUACUGGACAUGAACAGUUGUUGAUCCAUCAAUGAACCCACUCUGGUAGAAAGCGGUACCACUGUGACUACUGUGAAAAAAACUUUCAAGCACCAAGGGAGCCUCAAAUAUCACCAAAGCCAACUCCACACUGGAUAUGAUGUGUUUGUAUAUGAUUACUGUGGCAAACCAUUUGUACAGUAUGCACAGUUAAAAGCCCAUGAAGUGACCCACACCGGGGUUAAACCAUACCUUUGUGACCAGUGUGGGAAAGGCUACAGCUACAUUCAACACCUCAAAGCUCACCAAUGUGUCCACACUGGGAAGAGACCAUACAGAUGUGAUGAGUGUAAGAAGACUUUUGCAACUUUGGGUUCCCUGAAUCAACACGAGCAGAUCCACAGCAGAAAGAAAGCAUUCAAUCAGUGUCACAGUAAGGUAUGUAAAGGUUGUCUCAGCAACAGUGUGCACACAAUUAUGCAUUGGAUAUUUUGGAUAUUGUUAUGAAAUUUAGUGGGAUACUGUUUUGAACAACUGGGGCCAGUCUUGACACAGAAAUUUGGUCCAAGUUAAUCUGGAGAUGUAGGUAAGAUUGGGAAUUGUGAUGUGAUCAGCAUCAGCACAAACUUGUUCUCACCACAUAAUGUUGAAAAGACAUGACAUCAGUGUUAAAUCUGUAAAUUGUAAUAUUUUGUCUUGUUUUUGAUGUUUUGUGUCUUCCUUUGCCUGACUUUUGUCCUUUUGUUUCCUUUUUUAUCUCGUGUUUUUUUUGUCUUAUUUAGGUCAUUUUGUGUUUUCCUUACUCGUUGUUUUGUGUCUCGUUUUUGUCAUUUGUCUAUUAUUUUAUUACUUUGUAACUUUUUUGUCUCAUUUUUUGUUUUAUUCUGUGUCAUUUGUCUCAUUUUUGUUGUUAUGGGUCUUGUUUUUGUUGUUUUUUUGUCUUUUUAGUAAUAUUUUGUCUUGUUUUUUGUCCUUUUUGUCUUCUUUUGUGGUUGUGAUCCUCCAGUAAAUCCUCUCUGCUUCAGUUCCGGGUGAUUAAAUGUUGUGUUCCUUUGUAGACACUCUGUGAUCUGGAAGUAGUAAUGUGGAAAUGAUAAACUGAGGCUGAAUGUUAAGGAGUUGAAUUUAUUUUUCUCCAUAAAUUUCAGGUUGUUCAUGAUGUUUAGUAAAAAGAUAAUUCCUUAAAUGUGAACAUUUCUGCAGUAAAACAAAGGAACCAUUA